AGAAACCUUCGCGGCAGUGAGAGACCUGAAUGCGCAUCUCCUAAGAAGAACGAAACAUUUGCUGUUUUUUCCUGCUCUACGAUACCUUCUUAUGCUGAAAUCAUAUCGAAAAGGUAAAGUGAAAACGUUUUCACAUGAAACUGUUGUUUAAGAUCGAUUAUCGACUCGCGUUUCUGUUUCUUUGCUCGAUCGACGUGUCUGCAAGCGUGCUUACAUUCAAAUUACAUUUGACAUCGUGAUGCUGUAAACAGAAUGUCAUGAGCUUAAUUAGAUCUUUUUUCUUCUUCUCACAUAAAUUGUGGUCCGAUCUUUUAAAGAACAUCUCGAAAAGCAAGCAACAUGGUAACCAUACCCGAGUGUGAGGGACUUUUUGAACCUCUUCUUCGAAUUCUAGAGGAUAAGAGGGCAGCUGGAGAAGAUAAAGUGGACGCUUACCUCCGGAUGACAGAGUAAGCUUAAGUCUUUACGUUUUACCAAGAAAAACACGAACUCAAGCCUUAAGGAACAGGAGUAAUGUUUCUUUCGUCAAUGCCAGUUGGUGAUAGAUAUUAUUUGUUCCAUCGGUUUUUGAAUAAUUGAUCAAGUUGUUUUGAUCAUGCUUGCCUCUUAUAAUGUCUCUACAUGUUUAUAACUGUGAAGAACGUCAUUAAUUCAUUGCUCCCUUUCUUUCUCGCUGUAACAACAACAAAAAUGGGUCACCAUGAGGUUAACAAAGGCUGGCUUAAAGAGGGAGGGAAGAAUAUUAGAGAACAGGUUUUGUGACAAUACAAUUAAGCUUAUUAGGUGUGAAAUUAAAUUUUUGAUGAUUGUGUUAAUGUAUUUUUUCAAAAUAUUUUCAGCCGAUUAAGAGAGGAAGAAGAAGUAUUUGUAAAUGAGCUGCUUAAUUUUAUUCAAAGAGUUAUUUUGGUAUUUAAGGUAAGUUAAAGAUAUUAAAUGCUGUUUUUUUAACAGCAACAGAGCCACAGUCAGAAUCAUGUCCACAAGCACAGGGUGUGGAGUGUUGUGUCACACUUGGUACCCAAGCACGGUACUUGAGUGCAGUACUCGGGCCAGUUUCAAACGUUGUACUACUGCCAUGCAAAGCUGGCAUGACAGUAGCUCGACUGUAACAUGACACUUGCAUGACUUGGUUUCAGACAUCGAAUUUAAUUCAGUCGAAUAGAAAAGCUGUUGCCAAAAACAAAACUCAAACAUAAAGAAACGGUUUACCAAACUUUUAAAUGUAUUCUAAUGUAUUUAUAAUGUAUGAAUUGAGUUUGGCACAGAGCACAGCGGUAGCAUGACGUUUGAAACCAAGUCUGCUACUGCCGUGCUAAAGUCAAAUUUAAUUCAGUCAAUUGAGUUUGGCAUGGCAGUAACAUGGCGUUUGAAACAGGCCUCACUUGGCACUAAUGUGAACACACCCUUUUUUUAAGUAACCACUCUAGAAUUCAGUAAUGGUGCUGGUGCCGAGACCUUGUACUUGGGCACAAAAGUGGGCACCGGGACCCUGUGUGCACAGCGUUUUUGUUAUUUCUGGAGCAGUCCAUCUCUUUGAACUCGCUGAUACUCACUGACCAUUGAUAAGAUGCUAUCUACAUGAGAUAUGAUCUGACUCAAAAAGAAACUUGACUGUGGUGGACUGUGAGAGAUGAAAGGUAGAAGGGGCCAGCACCUAAUUAACCCUUUAAGCCGCAAUAUACAUGUACAAAUUCUCCAAACUGAUCUCUAUACAUUUCCUUAAAGAAUGAGUUGAGUGAAUUUGAUAAAAGAUCAAAGCAUUUUCUCUAAGGUGAUCAGUUUAUUAAUCCUCAUAACCUAAUCUCUUGACAUUGUAUGGAUAUUGUGAGGAGAAAAUUGAUGUUGGUCACUAUUGGGACUUAAAGGGUUAAGCAUUUUGGCUAGGUCAAAAACACCAGCCUCUGGGUGUGUUUGUCUUUAUAUUGCUUGUGUGAAGCGGCCUUCAAAGGCUCAUUUUGCAUACAGGAUUUCAAAUUUGAAGCUAAGCAUUUCAUACAACAGUGAAUCCAUGUCUUUUAAGCAUCAUUCUUGGUUUAACUUUUAUGUUUGUAGCAAGAUAUCCAAUCAGACAGGUCAGACCUUUGCCAAGCAUCAUUACAGGCUCUCGGCCAUUGCCUCUACCAAGAGCAAAUUGCAAGGUACUCAACUUAUGGUGUUUACAUUUUUGCACUCAUUUCGUGUAUCUGUAAUGUCCGUAAUGUCUGUAACUAAGAAAAGCAAAAAUUCUGAAGGCCAAAUAGUUAAAUACUGUAAAAUACUUUCAGUUCGCAAACAAGGAGAGUCAGUAUUACACUCAAGUCGUUGCUUUUCGUUUUAUCAAUGUCUUUGUUUUUAGUCCGAACAAAUUUUGCAAAAAAGGGGUAAUUUUGGUCAUCAGUGUGCUACAUAACAUGAAGGUGAAGUACAAGUUAGUGUGACCUGCAUUUGAAAAAAUUAUUUUUCUUGAUGCAAGAAGUCACCUUCAUUUUCUCUUUGAUGCUAGUCAUUGGCUUGCUAUAUGACAUGAAGGUGAAGCUUUACUUAAUUAAUUGGAUAAAUAAGCAUCACCAUGUGUGUCAAAAAUAUUUUCAUCAAAAACUGGUCACAUUUCAUGCUUAUAAUUAUGACAUAGCAAUCUGGCAGAACUUUUUAGCAGUUGUCACCAUUCAACGUCCCUAAACCACCAUUUUUCUUCUUUCUGAUCUUUGUAGCUCCCUUUCUAUUUCCGAUGGUCAAGAUCUUGUUCAAGGUGAGUUGCUGUGAAGUAAGCUAUUAUAAUAAAUCAAACAGGAGAUUACAGUUAGUGUAGUUUUGUAGGUUUUUGUGUUGAACUGUGCACGUGUGGGCCAAGGAUUGUAUCCGGUUACUAGAAAUGAGAGCACUUGCUGCUUUGGUAGAAACCUGAUACAUUUGCAACACCACAAACUCCUGGGUACUUCUCUUAUUUCCCUUCCUUGUAAUAUUAACUCUUAAGAAUAGCGUGGGACUUAUUAAAUUUGGUUACUUGUCAAUGUGGCAGUUAUUUCAGGCCAGCAUUUACAGUGUAUGUGGCAGUAUAAUUUAUUGAAAACAUGUAAUUUGCAAUUAACAUGGUAGUAUGUUAAAGUCUUCUUUUUCUUUAUUUUGUCCAAAAAGGAUAAUAGUAAGCAUAGUCUGUAUGAAGAAGGUAUGCAUAAUGAUAGUGGUUAAACGUUUUUUUGUAGGUUUGCUGACAAGAAUUCAAGAGUCUGAUGAUAAAGGAGUGUGCACGCGAGCGCUAUGGUGCCUUUCUAAGCAGAAUUUGGAUGGUGUUAUUGUAAACACCAAGGUACGAGUAAUCAUAUUUUCUGUAUCCCAUGUGUGUUCCUUAACCCCUUCACUCCUAGACUUAUUUAUGGCCAUAUUUUUUGUCACUCUUAAACUUCUAAAUCUGGACAAAAUCUUUUGGUGUUACUGUUUAAAUCAAAAAUCUAUGGCAAAACUUUUGUAAGGUGCACUGAACCCCUCAAAACCUAUGUGAGUACAUUGCCUCCUUACCCAGACACUGAGCGACUCCCCCACCCCACUACUCUAGGAGUGUAACUGGUGACUUCACUCCUCCCGUGAAUUUUCUGAGGACGUCACUCUCACUACUGCAGGCUGCAGCUGUGUGUGUAUAUACAUGUGUCAGGCGUUUUUCAUCUGAACUAUACUCUUGAUUACUAUCAUUAAUGUUGUGCUGGAAAUUAGGUUUUAAGCAGGGGGUGAUUAUGAUUAUGAUUAUGGUGAUUAUGGCACUUAUGAUUUCCUGGCUAAAAACCCAGUUAUAAUUAAAUAAAUUCAACUUUUCCUUCUAGCUUGAAUCGAUUUUGUUUACCUUGGAGUCUGUUAUUGCCAAGGAUCUGAAGUCUGUAACAGUUGAUCAUGAAGCUCUCAGUGUAAUAGAAAGGUAACCUGUACAUGUACUUUAGUACCAUUGACUUUACAUGUAGCUGACAGUAAAUUUCUAUAGUGGAAUCUCAAUUUUUUAAACCUCCUGGUUAAAGGAGAUUGCAUGAGUGGUUUGACAAACUGGAGGCAAAUUAUGAUGAACAAGGUUAAAUAAACUUGUCUUUACAGGAAAUAAUUUACUAGUAUUGGAGUUACCACGUCCAACUCCCAUUACUAGAAAGAGCCCAGGUCGCUACGUAAUUAUACUAGUCAUGUUUUUCUUUUAACCCUUAGCUUGCCACAUCAGUGUGGUUUUGUAAUAAUCUGUGUCUGGUUACACUCUGUAAGAGAACAUAAAAGAUAGCUGUUAAAUCUUGGGUAAUAACCAUUGAGCAACCAAACUUGAGAGGAGAGGAUCUACAGUGGCACCUCUACUUUGGGACACCUAUAUUCAAGGGAUACAAAAUUUGGUCGUGGAAAAAUGUUCACAUAAUCUUAGGAUCUACUUAACCUCUUUUGAGGGGACACCUCUAUUCAAGGGAAGGGGACACUUUGUGGGUCCCAAAACCCAGGUUUAACCUCCAUUCAGGGGACACCUUAGCACUUAAAAAAGUUACUGGAUACAAAAAGCAUUGAUAAGUUUAAGAGCGCAUCAUUCACAAUAGGGCCAUUUAUACGACGAAAAAUUAGACGCGUCUUAAAUAAGACCCGAACUGUACCAUUUAUACGAGCAUGUCUUAUCUAAUAAGACGCGUCUUAGCUAAGCUGCGUCUUAUUUUAGACGAAAUGUGCCAUUUAUAUGGAAAGUUCGCGUAUUAUUUAAGAUGCUUUCACAACAUGAGCUAUCUCGCUUAAAUUGAUGUACUGCACUCGUGGCAAUUCGACAGUCACACAACAUUGCAGAGAUAAGUUAAUCAUGAUUUCUUGUACAUUAUCUAGCUGCUUGAAAUAAUGACUGCAGCAGAUUCCGAGGCAGGACAAAAGAAAUACUUUUUAUUUGUUGGUUAAUACAAAAUUAUUAACAAACUCAGGGGUUUCUAUAAGCACCAACGGCCGACAAAACUCAUUGGCUACUUUGCUCAUAGAGGUCAGCUUCUUUUUUACUACAAAGAAGAAGCAACUAGUUUGAAUAACAUUGUCAACAAAAAAUACAUCAAAAUUUGACUGAAAAUGUAAUUAUGAUGUGUUUUCAUAAUGGCCCACUGGUUUUACGUUAUGCAUUAGUCACUUGAACACUAUAUUUUUGUCAUUUUUUCACAAGUUUCUUUAUAUGUGUACGCAGAAUUUGUUUACGUGCAAAAAUACGUAAUUAAGUUUUCAACCAUUUUUCAUUGCUUGUUGGAAUUGAUUGUGUGACUGCUAAAUUGAAAGCUAAAUUUUCUUCAAUGAAAAACACGCUCUUUCGUCCUUAAAUUUAGUCCCUGGAACAUUGAAAAUCGCAGUUUAGGGCUUUGAAAUUUCAAAAUUUUCUGGAGCAGACCACACCCAGACCCCCACCCCUAAAAAAAGGAGACUAAUGGUCCCUUGUCGAUACAGUUGUUUACUCUAUUCAAACCAGCUAGCUACUUCAAUUUCUAUUGAAACCCCUGCAAACCCUAGCCCAACCUCUAUUCAGGGCAGGGGCGGAUCUAGGGGGAGGGUGCAGGGGGUGCGCACCCCCCCCCCCCUGAGAUAACCUGUGGUUUUUUAAUAAAACUGGUAUUCUGCAAAAAAAUUAAAAAAAACUAUGUGGUUUAUUGGUGUUGAAGUAGAGCAAGAGACGAGUGCACCCCCUCCUAAAAAAAUCCUGGAUCCACCCCUGCAGGGGACACUUGCCAUGGUCCUGAGGGUGUCCCCUGGAUAGAGGUUCCACUGUAUAACGGAAGAAUUGCUUGUUUAUGAAUUUUUUGCUGGAUAUUUAUUAAACAGACUGCUGCAACAGCUUCCAAAGCCUGAUAUGAUCAAGACUGUCAACUCUUGGGCAAAGCUAAUUUUCCCUCAGCUAGUAAGCACAGCGCCAAAGGUAAGGACUGUUACACUUGGUAUUUUAUGGGUAAGAUGUUUUUUUAUUUUACAUUUUAUGACAUAGAGAGGGACAAAUUAUGUCUCAAUUUCACUUAAGUCAGUUUCAAACAAAAUGUUAAUUUUCAAUAAUUUAACAGUUUAUUGUGCGCUGAUUUAAUGAGGGCUCAGGUCUAUGAGACAUGUGCGAGACCAAGAAACUUCACUGGAAAUGAACGUUUAACAACUGACAAUGUUAUCGUAAAAAACAAACAGUCAACAAAUUAUUAUAAGUGGUUUACACUCUUUUAGACCAUAGAAAUGAUGUCAACAUGUUUAUAACUUUACAUUGAAACCACUUGCCUGCAGGUCGCUGCAGUUUCCCUUCCAGAGUUUUUAACAUCUAGACAUCAUUUCUAUAGUCUAUAAGACAUAGACUGUGGGUAAUUGAUCUUCUAUUAAUUUUGUUGAUAUUUAGUAGUUUUUUCUCUUGAAUUUGUUAUUUCACACAGGUGCGUGAAAAAGCUUUAGUUGUUAUGUCUACUGGGUUGGAGCACAUGAUGUCGGCCCGAGAAAAAGUUGCAAGAAUUCUUGUUCCUCUGUUGAAGGGGGUAGGUAAUAACUAGCAACUGUCCAAAGAAAUAAAUUAAUAUUUUCUUUUUAUAAAUUCUAAGAAAUGAAUAAAAAAGGUAAAGGAGCACAUGAGCCAAAGGCACUGAAACGGCUGGAGCUUAUCAGGUUUCCUUAGCAUGAAGCAUGCCUAGGAGUAUUACUAUUCUCCACUGGAUGGGAUGCUUGUCCAUCCCAGGGUUAUACACCUGGCCCUGUUUGUUCAAACGUUGGAUAGCGCUAUCCAUCGGAUAAAUCACUAUCCAGCGGAAAAGUAUUAGGAAAACCGAUUGCACUGUCCACUGGAUAGAUAUUUAUCCAUUGGAUAGUGUUAUCCAAUGUUUGAACAACCGGGGCCAGGCCCUGGUUAUUCAAAUGUGGGAUAGUCCUUUUAAUGGAUAAAUCACUAUCCAGCAAAUAAGUAUUAGGGAAACCAAUUGUGUUAUCCAGUGGAUAGUGUUAUCCACCUUUUGAACAACUGGGGCCUGGCUAAAGAGAGUAAAGAAACACUGCAAUGGACAAUGCUUGAACUUUAGACCUCCAGUUCCAUAGAUGGAGGUGUUAACUGCUCAGCUACACGCCUCCACCAAGAAAUAAAUAGCAGGGCUCUCAUCAAGUGCCGGCAGCUGGCUAAAAAACUGCUACUUAGAGGUUUAAGCUACCUACUUUUUUGGGAAAAAGAAUAAAGUGAGAGUGAAAGCCUGAACUGCCUACAGUACUCAAUAUUUUACCAAGCCACCUGCAUGUGGCUGUGAUGUGAUGUGAAACAGCUCUAGCUCAUAGUUUGAGGAGGCCUAACCUCUCAUAAGCUCCUAUAGUUUCUGUUGGAUCUCCUUGCCACUUUUUUUUUUCUUCUUUUCCUAUAUUUUUUGUAAUUAUUGUGUGGCAAAUAAAAUAAAAUAAAUAAAAUAAAAUGUACUUUCACAUCCUAGCUGUCUACUUAAAACUUAAAAAGAACCCUGAAUAGUGCUAUGAAAAAGGUCUGCCAAAGAGGUUUCUCUGAAUGGUAACAUCCUACUGACAGUAUAAAUGACAAAUAAUCCUGCUGUCUGGAAAAGCCCCUCAUGGUUGGACUUUGAUAAGCAAUCACCUCAUGUAUGCAACCACUAAAAUCUUGGCAUUUUGAGUGAUUCCUUAAGGGGUGGCUCAUCCGUUAUUAUUUUAUUCCUGUGCAGUAUUUACUGAACGAGUUCCCCAAGUUGUGUGCAGAAAAAAAGGAAUUGUUUGUUCUCAAAUGUUGGUGCUGCAUUGUCCCAACUUUAGGAGAGGUAUGUGAUGAGAUAUUUUUUUGCCUUUGUGUGAAGAAUCAGAUUUCUUUUUUAAUACAUUAUAAAUAUUGUUGUUUAUUAGAUUCUUGUACCAUAAAACAAAUGCUUUAAUUUUAAUAAUAAAUGAAAACUUUAUUGAUAGCAGAGCUAACUAUCAAAUCCUAUUUACAAUUUAUUUCACUUAAAAAACUGUUCAGUCAAAACACUAUUUACAGUUCGUUUCAAUUUUCAUUGAAAAAAUUAGUGCCAUUAAAAAUGUAUAUAUUCAAAAAAAAAUUCAAUUAAAAAACGUUUCAUUCCAACUAAACCAAUUUACGAGCUCGUGCCAUUAUCACACGUGCUUGGGUAGCGUUUAAAUGGCAGUCAUCAAUGAAAUCCCCUUGUGGAAUUUUGUGGAAGGGUGUCCGAGAACCUCUUAUGGAUGUGUGUACGGACCUUAAAAUCUCAAAAGAAAGCAGUCUUCUAAUCCAAGUAAUAGUAAUGUGAUGAGGUUCCUCAUUCUUUUCUGAGAGUUUCUCGGCUAGGCGUUUGAGAAAACAGUUGCAGUCGGCUCCCAACCCAUUUCAACGUCCAGCACCCUCUGUUGGUACUUCCGCUUUUUCUCCUCCUCCUGCUCCUUAAAGAUUCUGGAUGUUGCUUUUCCCUGGUUACACGUGGAGUUAACAUGCGUUUCUUGUACUGUUGUUUAGAAAUUGUAGUUAAUAUCUACUUUUAUUAUUUCACAGCUUUUACACAGAGGAGGAAGUUUAAUAAACAACCUGUUAAAACUUGUAGAGCAGGUAUGGCUGCAUGUUAAAGUCUGCUUCACACACAAGAAAACAUCUUUUUAACAAAGUAUCUUCUGAGGCAGUUAGCCUUAGCUAUUUCACCAAAACGGUGAAAUUUUAUUGCCUUUUUUGCCUCACAUGGCCAUGAGAACACCAUGUGGUCUGAAUUGGGAACAGGGCUCGAACUUGGCGGUGGUCCACUAGCCAAAUACCAGUAGAUUUUGAUUUUUGUCUAGUGGAUUUAGCUCAUUUACUAGCCAUCUUGGCUAGUUAAUUUUCACUCCUGUAAACAACAUAAGCCUUAAAAAGUUUUCAACAUUUUCCCAGUUGAUCCGCACCUUCUACUAACCUCUUAUUUCAUUCCCCCAUUAACAACUGGCAUGAAUGAAAGAAAGAAAAGUAAUUCUACAUAAGAAUAAUAUUUGUUAAUUCGGUUUUCAGUUUCGCGUUUGAAAUUUUGUAUCACCAGGAAGAAUGGGCCAAGCCGUACCCAUGAUGCAAAUGUCCGCCAUCUUGAAAUGUUAAUCUACGACCACAGUCCACGUGUGAUUGUCAUGGAUAUGCAGUUUUUAUUAAUGUUUGAUAACAACAGGAUUUUUGACAUUUUUUUUAUUUCAUGCUGUACAGAUUAGUGCCUAGACUAGUAGAAACACGUUUAUGGCUAGUAAAGCCCGAGCAUGUACUAGCCAUUUGACUAUUAAGUUCAAAAGUUAAGUUCGAGCCCUGGGGAAAACAAAACAGACAAGCUAAAAAGGUCCUAAGCAUUGACAACAGCAAUCGGAAGUCAAUAGAAACAUGAAAAAGCAAUGGGUUUCAUAAGCAGAGUGACAACUCAACACAUUCAUCACGCCUUUUGGAAUAUUAUAUUAGCCACCAUUGCUCAUCCAUGAGGCAAGAUUCUUUGAAACGAUCAGCGUCGUACAGGUAAUGGAAAACCUGGAAAGUUAUGGAAUUUAAGAAUCUCAUUUCCCAAGCCUGGAAAUUCAUGGAAUUUAAUUAUUUGUGUUUGAAAGUCAUCGAAAAUUAAAGUUUUGUUUGGUAGAUUAGUUACUGCAGAUGACAAAGCAAGGACAAUGUAAGAUAGAGAGAAGCGCAAACACCAUGCAUUUUGGAGGACAUCAGAGUUUAAGGUCAAAAAAUACCUUAAACCUAGGAAAGUUCUGAAAAUUUUUGAAAGUGACAGCAGCUAAACCUAUGGUCAUAUAAAACUUGAUAAGGUCAAGGAAGGACAUGAAAUUUGAAAAGCUCAAAAGAGUACAAACCCUGUCAAUUUUUUACAGAGGACAUAAUCAAUUACUGCUCAAUAACAAAGUUUGUUUUAAUUAUUAAUCUCAUAAUUAUUCUUAUUUUUCCAAUGCUUCAGCAACAAUUUUUUUUUCUGAUUUCAGGGAUUUAGAGACACAUCAACUGAGGUGCAAGUGAUGUCAUUUUCUGCAUGGAAUAUCUUGAUUGACAACUUUGCCCUCUCACCAGGUAAUGUCAGUAUGUACACUAUUGUUUUAAACCUUUUUGCUGAGAUCCAAAACUGACCUUUUGACCUAAAGUUGUUGUUUAAUUUCAGAAGUACUUUGUAGCCCCAGGAGGAUCAAGCUUAUCAUGACUCCAUUUAGGGUAAGUGCAAUGAAAAAACUGAUUAGAAUCAAAACACCUGGUCCUGGUUGUUCAAACAUUGGAUGGUGCUAUCCUCUGGAUAAAUUGCUAUCCAACGGAUAAGUACCGUAUUAGGACAAACAGAUGGAGAUUUAUCUGGCCCCGGUUGUUCAAACGUUGGAUAGUGCUAUCCACCAGGCCCCAGUUGUUCAAAUGUUGGAUAGCGCUAUCCACCGGAUAAAUCACUAUCCAGCGGAUAGAGUAAUUGUGUAACCGAGCUCGAUAAUUAGCUCACAAAGCAUUUUCUUUUCGGUAUUAUUUUUGCGGUUCCGUUUAUCGUUUUCCCAUGGUACGCGUUUCUUUAGUUGUGCUUUGUGGUUAGCCGUGUUUUAUCUAGCUCUGUGAUUUCUCCGCCUUUACACCCAUAAACAGGAAAGAAAUUAAUUGAUUUUAGCUCGCUUUAAUUUGCCGCCAUUGCUGUAGUUAACCGCGAAACUCUCCAUUUGUUUCCUCCUAUUGUAUUAACAGAACACGUAUGUAUUCUGCGGUAAAGCGAUAAUAGUGUUUCGCAAACAGGCGUAUUACCAAAAGGAAGAUUUCACUGUUUUGUGGCUUACCUAGCUAUAGUUGUCCAAUUGUAUUGCUAAUAACAGGAUGCGAGCUGUUUGUGUUCAUACGAUAUAAAUACGCCUGCACGUGGCGUUUUCGCAUUACUACAGUUCCAGUUGCCGCGUUCACUAGUCAAGCCGUGGGACAUAGUUUUGUAGAGUUCUCCCUCGCUGGAGUGGGUAAGUGUUCUCCUUUUGCUGUUUUUCCUAGGAUGUUCUUCGCUCUCCUUCGAGGUCAUCGUGUUUAUGAAACGUCCAGCGACCGUAGUAUCACUUUCGUGUUGUAGAUUUCAUCGUUUCUUGGUUUUGUUGUUUUCCGCUGUUGUAUCGAGCACUUUCGCUCUGAAAUCAUUGUCCUUUAGUUUCAGAGCCGUUGUUAUUCCUCUAGCGUAGUGUUUUGCUUAGUUUUGCCACCGUUUUGUGCAAGAUCGUAGAUCACAACCUUUCAGUUUGACCUCGUUUAGCUUGUGUUUUCUUGUCUUCGUAUCAUAUGACUCUUGACACGAGUCACAUGCUAUUUGUCACGCUUGUUCUUCUUUCGUGACCUAGCAUGAUGUUUCCUAGCGUGUUUUGUUUACUUUUCACAUUUUAGUGUAGUUUUAUUCUCUUAGUUGUAUUGUUUAGCUGUCGUAGUAAUUUUUAGCGUCGUUGUUUCCUUUUAGCGCUAUUGCCCUUUUCAUCGCCCCUUUUCUUUCCUUUUUUUGUUGCUUUAUUCGUUUUCCUAGUAUUUGUUUUUAUUGUAUUUCUUUCCCACUAAUUGGCCAUUAAAUUCUUGUUUGUUUUAGACGCAUUUUGUCUUUCAUUGGUUGUCAUUCGCUACCUCCCUACUCUGGCUGCUCGGUCACAUUUUUGGUACCAGGAGUGGGGUCGCGAAUAUUAUUUGGCUUCCAAAAUCUUAGAAAUACAAUAAAGCACUAGGAGUAGAAAAGGGCAAUAGAGGUCACAUCCCAUAUGGAGGGUGAGGUGGGGCAACUCAAACAGAAGCUCCAAAAAUUGGAGGAGGAACAUAACCAGGCAUAUCAACUCCUGAAAACCCUCCAAGCUAAGGAAUUCCCAGGAGCUCCAGCCCCAUCCCAACCCCAGGAAAAGCAGUUAGUGGUGAUCCCCAAUGAACAAAAAUUGAAGAAGUUUAGUGGAAGACAUGGUGAUAAUGAACUGUCCAUAGAGGAUUUUAUUGAUAAUGCGAAAAGCGCAAUCACCUCAAGAGGACUCCCUCUCCCAGAGCAGGCGAAUUUUGUACUCUCAUACCUAGAGGGCCCUGCUAAAGAAGAAAUGAAGCUCUACCCUAAAAGUGACCUUACGAAUUCAGAUAAGAUCUUUGACCUCCUUCAAGAGUCUUUUGGUGAGAAGCGUUCUGUUCCCCAGCUCUUAAAAGCUUUUUACGACCGCCGACAGAGGGAAGGCGAAACCCUUCGCGCAUUCUCCCAUGCCCUGAGAGAACUGCAAGCCAAGAUACAAAAGAAAAGUGUGACCAAAUCAAGUGGCCAAGACGCAGCCCUUCGAGACCACUUCGCCGAAAAUGUCAGAGAUCCCCUCCUUUGAAAGGAACUCAAGAAGUUUAUUAGAACCCACCCAGAAAUUUCCUUUCUAGACACCAGAGAGGAAGCUAUUCGAUGGUCCGAAGAAGAUGAGAAGUCCUGUGGACCGCGCCCCAGGGUGGCUUCGUCGCAUGAGACCAGUACCUGCACUAAGCCCUCUUCCAUUGAAUCAGCUAUGAAUGAGAUGAUUAAAACCUUGCAAGGCCAGCAAAAGGCUAUCGAAGACCUAGCAGCCAAUCUCAAGAAGCUGAAUACAGUGCCCACCCACAGAGGACAGAAUAUACAGCCUCAGCCCCAGUUCCAGCAGCCUCAGCCUAGACCUGACGCAGGUGGCGACAGGUGUUAUCAGUGUGGAGCACCAGGACACUUUGCCCGGAAUUGCACAGCACGAAGUAGACCCCCACCCCUCCGGAACCUCACCACCAGGCCUCCACCUAACCUGUCAAACUAGCCCCCCCUGCUGCUGAGAGUCAGGCAGCAGGAGGGAACAGUCCUGGCUCACCUUGUCCCCCACAGUUACCUGGAAUUGUCUAUGAGAGAGCAGUUGGAAGUUGUCCAGUCACUACUGUGAAGCUGGGGGGAGUACAUGUACGCUGUCUUCUUGAUUCUGGAUCACAAGUCUCCACCAUCGCUGAGAGUUUCUUUAAUAAGCACUUCCGCCCUAGAAGAAGCAAACUGCUUGACACAAACCAAUGGCUUACCCUUACAGCUGCUAAUGGCCUGGAAAUACCAUACAUUGGUUACCUGGAACUAGACUUUGAAGCACAAGGUGUAACCAUCCUUCAGAGAGGUAUUCUUGUGGUACGAGACCCCCCCGGAUCCCCAGUCAAGAGCCCGUAAAGAAGCUGUGCCAGGUCUGAUUGGAAUGAACAUUAUACAAAGAAUGAAUCAAGAAAUUAAAGAACCCAAACUCCUAGAAGACUCUGCUUGGUCUAAUACACUCCAAGUUGCAGGGGAAGCUAUGACGUCAGUUAGAGGAUUUGCGAAGAUUGCAGGCAAAAGCAAUGUUAGGAUCCCAGCUGGAAUGGUCACAACUGUAGAUGCCACUGGUUAUCGAGGAUCGCAGCGUGGUGAAGAUGCAGUUGUCCUUAUCGAGCCCCUAAGAGAUUUGUCAUGUCAUGGACUGGUAAUCAUGAGCACCCUCUCAUCAGUCAGUCGUGGACGUGUCAAAGUACAAGUUGCUAACAUAGCACAAGAGGAUGUUUGGCUUCGCCCCCGUGAGAGAAUUGGUAUAAUGCAUGCAGUAGCAGGUGUCCAGGAUGACAACCAGGCAGUUACCUUCACACAAGUCUCUGCCAGUGAAGUAGUCAUACAACCCAAGCCCGAAGAAUCCCCCAAGAAAGAAGAUUCCCCGAAGUCUACACCCAUUCCCCUGAAGACAUGCAUUGCACCCCUGAUCAGCAAGCAAAACUUGAUGAGCUCCUGGCCAGGUACAAGGACAUGUUUGUUACUGAUGAUGAUGAACUAGGCUACACGAAACAGUAAAGCACAAGAUAUUCACCACAGAUGACAUCCCUGUAAAUCAGCCUUUCCAAGAAUUCCCCGGUCAGUACCAAGAAGCAAAAGAACACAUUCAGAAACUCCUAAGUCAAGGCAUCAUCCGAGAGAGCCACAGCCCCUAUUCCUCCCCAAUAGUACUUAUGCGGAAGAAGAAUGGUAGCCUCCGCAUGUGUGUGGAUUACAGAAAGUUAAACGCAAAAAACAGUUAAAGAUGCUUAUCCCUUACCUCGGAUUGAAGAAUCCUUCGAUGCACUGCAGGGAGCAAGCUGGUUUUCUACCCUGGAUUUGGCAAGUGGUUUCAACCAGAUAGGAGUAACUGAAGAAGACAAAGCGAAGACUGCAUUCAUAACCCCCUUUGGUCUGUUUGAGUACAACAGGAUGCCUUUUGGACUCUGUAAUGCACCUGCGUGUUUUGCUCGGCUUAUGCAAGCUUGCCUAAAUGAGCAGAUCUUCCAGAUUUUGCUUGUUUAUUUGGAUGACAUCCUGAUCUUCUCGAAAACCUUUGAAGAGCACCUUGAGAGACUAGACAUGGUCCUUAAACGCCUGAGAGAACACGGUUUGAAAUUGAAGUUGGAAAAGUGUACCUUCCUGCGUAGAAGAGUCACCUACCUGGGACACGAAGUAUCCGGUGCUGGUAUUGCCCCAGACCCCCAGAAGAUAGCAGUCGUACAAGAGUGGCCAGUUCCCCAAACUGUUAAGGAACUCAGAACCUUCUUAGGCUUUGCAAGUUACUAUCGAAGAUUCAUUGAAAGCUUUGCCAAGAUAGCAGGACCCCUUCACCAGCUAGUGUCAAUUCACUUCAUGAACUCAAAGUUAACAAGAGACUUUUGUGCCCCUUUAAAGAGAAAUGGAACCAAGAGUGCCAAGAAGCAUUUGACAUCCUGUGUGAGAAGCUCACAACUGCACCAGUACUUGGUUAUGCAGAUUACACCAAGCCUUUUAUUGUGGAGACAGAUGCUAGCCAUGAUGGACUAGGAGCUGUGCUAUCCCAGGAACAAGAUGGUAGACGUAGAGUUAUCGCUUAUGCAAGUCGUCGGCUCAGACCCCCAGAGAAAAACAUGCAGAAUUAUAGUUCCCGUAAACUAGAGUUACUAGCGCUGAAGUGGGCUGUCACAGAGAAGUUCAGAAGUUACCUGUUAGGAACAGAAUUCGUGGUGUACACAGACAACAAUCCCCCUAAGUCACCUUCAGUCAGCCAAGUUAGGAGCAGUGGAACAGAGAUGGGCAGCUGAAUUAGCCUUGUUUAACUUUAAGAUGAAGUACCGCCCUGGUAGAGCUAAUGGGAACGCAGAUGCCCUUUCAAGAGUAGCACGUGGAAAUCAUGAAAAGGAAAUCCCGCAUGCUGACGAUUUAGCUGAGAUUCAGUUGGAAAACAUUAGCGUCACACAAUCCACCCCAGUUCCAGUCGAGCUGAGAGAGUUGGUGACGACCUACACCUCCCAAGAACAACUGAGCACAAGUACCCCAGAGACAACAUUCACCAGCCUACCCUCUCACAGUCCAGCUGAGUUACGAGACAUGCAGAUUGCAGACCCCGUCAUCAGUCGCCUCCACUACUACAGGCAAACCAACCGCAAACCCACCCCCCAAGAAAGGAGAGGAGAAACACGAGAUGCUGUUACGUUGCUCAACCAAUGGGACAAGGUUGAAGAGGAAAAUGGCAUACUGUAUCGAGUCAUUCAAGAUCCCCAUUGCGGCCAACGAAAACAGUUGAUCCUUCCCCAGAAACUGAAAGAGAAAGUACUUACCAGCCUACAUGAUGGUAUGGGCCACCAAGGGACCGAGAGAACAUUACAUCUGAUUAGAGACCGUUGCUACUGGCCGGGAAUACAUAGCGAUGUAGAAGCAUGGAUAAAGAAAUGUGAAAGAUGUACCUUGUCGAAAGAACCAUUACCACGUGUUAGACCAGCCAUGGGACACCUCUUAGCUACUAAACCCCUAGAAGUUCUUUGCGAUCGACUCAAGAUUGUUGGAACCAGCCACAGAUGGCAGGGAGAACGUGUUAGUGAUGACAGAUGUUUUCACAAAAUUUACACAUGCAGUUCCUACCAGAGACCAGCGGGCGAGCACCACAGCUAAAGUACUCCUUAAGGAAUGGUUUUUAAGUAUGGUGUCCCUCUGAGAAUCCACUCCGAUCAAGGAAGAAGUUUUGAGAAUGCAGUGAUCACCGAACUCUGUAAGCUGUACGACAUUAAGAAGUCGCGUACCACUCCUUAUCACCCGCAAGGCAAUGCCCAAUGUGAAAGAUUUAACAGAACCGUGCACAACCUGUUGCGUUCACUACCACCAGAAAAGAAGAGAAAGUGGCCAGAGUACCUCCGAGAACUUCUUUAUGCCUAUAAUGUUGUCCCUCAUGCAUCCACCAGCUAUUCUCCGUAUUACCUGAUGUUUGGCGUAACCCCGCUUACCACUAGAUCUAAUGCUUGGAGCAGGCGAAAAGGAUCCACCUGAAACAGACUGGCUAGCCUCCCACCAAGACCGCUUUACGAGAUGCUUACCUCAAAGCAGGGGAGCACCUCAGACAGCAAGCAGAUGCACGGAAAGCCACCAGCGACAAGAGUACCAAUGACCAGCCAAUUGAAAAAAGGCCAGUUUGUCUACCUACGCAGUCAUCCCCGAGGCAGAAACAAGAUACAGGAUGCUUGGGAUCCCACCUUGUACAAAGUUCAAGAGACGCCAGGACCUACAGGAGCUGUUUAUACAGUUGCUCCAGCCCAUGGAGAUGGACCCAGCAAGAGAGUAUAUCGGACCCUGAUGAGACCAUGUCACAGGCAGGUACAGCCAUGCCUUGACACCAACCCCAUUGUACCGACAGAUUUGAUUCCCCCAAGAGCGAGACAUAAUAGAGUGCCCACUGAACCCCAAGAUGACGAGGAAGAGAUAAUCGUGAUGAGAAGAUGCCCCCAUCCUGUAUUGAACACAGCACCUCCAGAACCCUGUGAGCCUGUGAACCCCCCGGAAGAAUCAGAAACCAGUGAGCCCCCAGUUCCAGAAAUGCCCAUUGAAGUGACCCCAGGAGAUCAAGCGCCCUACGCAGAACCUGAGAUUGUUGAACCUGCCGUUCCAGUACCCCCAGUUGCAGAGACCCCCGAAGAACCAGUUCAUGUGGAACACCCAGCCCCAGAGCCCCUGAAGAGAGCGACCCUGAGACGCUCGACCCGGACGACAACAGGACAGCAUUCUAAUCCCCAUAGAGCCCCAAGAUCAGCAGUAAAUAACUCGGUGACAUUGACUGUUAAAGACUUUCCAGUAUAUUUCAUUUUGUUAUUCUGGUUCUUAGCAUAUAGCCUUUGGUAAAACGAGUUUGUUAGUUUAAAUAAGCAUUGUUGUGGUCUGUCGAGGACGACGACCUAAGCAGGGGAGAAAUGUAACCGAGCUCGAUAAUUAGCUCACAAAGCAUUUUCUUUUCGGUAUUAUUUUUUGCGGUUCUGUUUAUCGUUUUCCCACGGCACGCGUUUCUUUAGUUUUGCUUCGUGGUUAGCGGUGUUUUAUCUAGCUCUGUGGUUUCGCCGCCGUUACACCCUUAAACAGGAAAGAAAUUAAUUGACUUUAGCUCGCUUUAAUUUGCCGCCAUUGCUGUAGCUAACCGCGAAACUCUCCAUUUGUUUCCUCCUAUUAUAUUAACAGAACACGUAUGUACUCUACGGUAAAGCGAUAACAGUGUUUUACAAACAGGCGUAUUGCCAAAAGGACGACUCCACUGUUUUGUGGCUUACCUAGCUAUAGUUGUCCAAUUGUAUUGCUAAUAACAGGAUGCGAGCUGUUUGUGUUCCGCGCGAUAUAAAUAGCCUGCACGUAGCGUUUCUACGCAUUACUACAGUUCCAGUUGCCGCGUUCACUAGUCAAGCCGUAGGACAUAGUUUUGUAGAGUUCUCCCCUCGCUGGAGUGGGUAAGUGUUCUCCUUUUGCUGUUUUUCCUAGGAUGUUCUUCGCUCUCCUUCGAGGUCAUCGUGUUUAUGAAACGUCCAGCGACCGUAGUAUCACUUUCGUGUUGUAGAUUUCAUCGUUUCUUGGUUUUGUUGUUUUCCGCUGUUGUAUCGAGCACUUUCGCUCUGAAAUCAUUGUCCUUUAGUUUCGUAGCCGUUGUUAUUCCUCUAGCGUAGUGUUUUGCUUAGUUUUGCCACCGUUUUGUGCAAGAUCGUAGAUCACAACCUUUCAGUUUGACCUCGUUUAGCUUGUGUUUUCUUGUCUUCGUAUCAUAUGACUCUUGACACGAGUCACAUGCUAUUUGUCACGCUUGUUCUUCUUUCGUGACCUAGCAUGAUGUUUCCUAGCGUGUUUUGUUUACUUUUCACAUUUUAGUGUAGUUUUAUUCUCUUAGUUGUAUUGUUUAGCUGUCGUAGUAAUUUUUAGCGUCGUUGUUUCCUUUUAGCGCUAUUGCCCUUUUCAUCGCCCCUUUUCUUUCCCUUUUUGUUGCUUUAUUCGUUUUCCUAGUAUUUGUUUUUAUUGUAUUUCUUUCCCACUAAUUGGCCAUUAAAUUCUUGUUUGUUUCGUACGCAUUUUGUCUUUCAUUGGUUGUCAUUCGCUACCUCCCCUACUCGCGCGGCUCGGUCACAAUUGGUUUCCCUAAUACUUAUCCGCUGGAUAGUGAUUUAUCCGGUGGAUAGCGCUAUCCAAUGUUUGAACAACCGGGGCCUGGUGGUUAGUGCUAUCUUCAUUUUGAACAACUGGGGCUAUGAUAAUUAUUUCAAACUUUGCACCAAUUUUUUUUUGCCUGCCCUCAGAUGAAAUCUCUAAAUUUAUAAUUUGUAAUAAAUUAUUUUAUUUUAGAACCUUGCAGUUAAGGAGAGUAAUAAGGAGGUUGAAGCUGCAAGACUUUCCACCUGGUGGCACUUUGUUUGCCUGCUGGGAUCACGAGUUCAAGAACUGUUUGAUCAGGUUUAUAAUGAUCUGUUGUUAUGGUGAUUAGUUAGGAGCUUGUUUACAAACUUAGAACAAACGUCACUGAAUUGUAGUCAACAGUUAUUGGCACCGUACAAACAACUUAUCGACAGACUCAAGCAAAACUAACUGCGAGAGAAUGACUGGACAACUGACAAUUUGACUAGCCAUAAACGACUGUUAAACUCUGACUAUAGACUGAUCACGCCAAUGACAUUUUAAGUCUUGAGAGCCAAAAACAUCACAGCUGAACUGACAGAUGACCAAUAACAUUGCGACUUAAUACCAUCAACUGACAUGAUACAACUCACUUUGACUCUGAAGAUGACCACUGCGCAGGUUGUUGAAACGUCAGUCACCAUCAACAACAGUUCUAUUCAGGACUACGUUCAUGUGGAUGAUCAUUCUCAACCUACUCAUGAAGUUAGUAGUAAGAUAACCUCUAUAGGUUCUGUUAUUCUUAUCAUCAUCAUCAAUGUGACUCUCACAAAGUCAGUUAUGUUAAUUUUUCUCAUCAUCAUCAUCAUCAUUUUUACCACUGUUUUACCAUAACUUCUUUCGCUACCAUCAUCUCUAAUUAACCAGCAUCACAAUACAUCACAAUCACAAUCAUCACCACAAUUCAUCAUUUUCAUCUUUAUCGUCAACACCAAUUUUCAUCAUUGGUUUUGUCUUACCAUCUUUGUCAUCGUUAUCAUUAUCACCUUUACUAGCCUCCCUGCAGACGUCCUUUGGGGUUCGUUCAAACGAACCCCAAAGGACAUCUGUAGGGAUCAUCAUAAUCACCAUCACUACUUUCGUCAUCAGCUUCAUCAUCAUCAUCAUCAUCAUCAUCAUCAUCACUGUUUUUACCACUAUUUUUAUCUGAGCUGUCAUUACCACUACUGUCAAUCAGUGUCAUCUUUAUUCCCUCAUCAUUACCUCAUCCUGGUCUUUAUUUGGCAUUCUUAUAGUAUUAUUGCCAACCGUCACUAUCAUUUGCCCAUCCUUAUCAUUAUCAUGAACACCAUCACCUUGAUCAUCAUGGUAGUCAUCAUCAUCAUCAUCAUCAUCACUACCAUUAACAUUAUCACCAUCAUUGUCAUCAUCAUCAUCAUCACUACCAUUAACAUUAUCACCAUCAUUGUCAUCAUCAUCAUCAUCACUACAAUUAACAUUAUCACCAUCAUUGUCAUCAUCAUCAUCAUCACUACCAUUAACAUUAUCACCAUCAUUGUCAUCAUCAUCAUCAUCACUACCAUUAACAUUAUCACCAUCAUUGUCAUCAUCAUCAUCAUCACUGCCAUUAACAUUAUCACCAUCAUUGUCAUCAUCAUCAUCAUCACUACCAUUAACAUUAUCACCAUCAUUGUCAUCAUCAUCAUCAUCAUCAUCAUCAUCAUCAUCGUCAUCAUGAGUAUUACAUUAUGUAUAGAUACAAAACAGGGAUAUUUCUUUAUUAACGCUACUUUGUAUUCAUAUUUCAGGUUUGCACCCCACUUCUUCAGUUCAUAUUCGGAACUGCCAUUGAUCAAGUAAGCCUGCUGAAGACAAAGGAAGGCCUUAGCGAUCUCAAAUGUCCUCCGACUCCAACGAACAACAAACUGCUUGCAGACAUGAUGGCGGAAACACCCAAAUCAAGUAUCCGUAGAUCUCUCAAAGAUGUUGGCACCCCAAGGACACCAACUGUUUUGAAUGCAAGCUUUGCCAGAACAGCUAAGCAGAAGCUUUUGGUACAGGGGUGUGAGAUUCUUUUGGAACUUUUGAAGGUGGAUGAUGGUGAGGUUGAGAUGAGUGGCAAUUCUGGCUUGGUUGUUUCACUAGGUAAGGUUCAAGAAUUAUAAUUUCUUCUUCAUUAACUAUUUUGUUCCCAAGAAGAUCACAAUAAAUGACAAACAAAUGACAAUCCCAACACAAAUCUGUGACUGUUAAAAUUAAUGAACAUUAAUGAACAUAACGACCUUCAAGCUGUGAUGAAAGUGCCAACCUUAAACUUUUGUUUUAAAAACAUCAUCAGCCUUGGCUCUUCUAAUUAAUUAAGUGGCAUCUAGUGCAUUCCACAGCUUUGGUGCUGCGAAGUUAUUACCAUCAGGAUUUAAAACCAGGAUGACUAGGAAAAACUUUAUCUUAUGAAUUCCUAAGAUAACAUAACUACAGUGGAGACUUAGGAGAAGGAAGAGAGGAUAAGUACUGUACAUGUAAGAAAGCACCGAAAAAGGUCUUUAAAAAGAUAAGGAUUUUGAACUCUGUCUUUUCGACAAAAGGUAUUAGAACUUGCCUAAGAAGGAGAAGCAAAAAGAAAUUAUAGGCAUAAAAAAGGGCAUGUCUGCACCCUCAUUCUCGUAAUGUGUCAAGUGGGAAAUGCUGCCAAUGUUCUCUUUAACUUUGGUGUUAUGAUACUUCAAGAAUCUGACAUCACUCACUUUGUUCAAGGUGAAAGACUACAAACAGUGACAUUUAAGAGAGCAGAGGAUUUUAAGAAGCAUUCAUCUUUGCUGAUAAAUGCCGUAAGAGAAGGGUUCAAGGCUUUGGGGACAGACCUUGCAGGUGAGUUAAUGAGUAAUGUGGCGAAAUUUUGUCUUGAUGUUAUUUAAAUUUUCCUCCAUGCCUGUUUUAGUGUGGCAUACUAAUCAUGAAGUUCACUCCAGAAGAAAAGAUUUGACUGUAACCUUUUCCCAUUUUUUUUAAAUUUCAGAACCUCUGGGGAUAAAAAUAUGGAACCUACUUGUUCUAAGGAUAAGUAGACUGCUAGAAAAAGGUAUAUUAUUGUUACCCAUUACUGCAUAAUUAUAUCAACUGCGUUUACAGCCAAAUGACAAUAAAAUUAGCACAGUACCUGUGUUAAUGGGUUUAUGGACAUCUUCUGACAAGGCUGUGCUCGAUCUGGCAGAGCCCGGUGGCCUCUGGCACCUAACUUUUGCUCUUGGGCGACUAAGAAAUCUUAGUUUUUCAUACAAAUCACAAGCUGGGCACCUUAGAUUUUACAGUUCCAGAGCAGUGGGUUCAUAAGCAGGCAAAGGCAAUAAUCUAUCUUUGAGUUUAGGCUAAGUAUAGGGUUGGCUUGCCAGAGUGGAAGCUGCUGUAUACCAAAGGAUCCCAGGCACCAUCCAAUUGGCUGAAUUGCCACAUUUGGUAUUUUUGUCUUUUCUUUUUUGGCAGGUUCAUCAUCAGAUUAUGGAGAAAUUCUUCUUCCUCUGCUUGCUGUCAUGCAGGAUUUGGUUGACAGUAAUGUUUUGUCACCUUCUCUAGUUCUUGUAAGUUAUGCUGUAUUUUUGUAUUUUUACUGCAUUUGAAAUCAGCCUUGUGGGGUUUCUCACUUUCCAUUUAAAAAGUGGUCAAUUUAAUUCACCUCUAAGCAGGGCUCAAAACACUUGAAUUCUACAACUAGUUGCCAAAGUACUUGAGACACUUUACCAUAUUAAUGCCCUGUCCAUGAUCUUGUGCUUGUGAUCCCUCCUCCACCCCUUAUCAAAGUUGCUAGUAAUACAAGACCAUACUCAAAACUUGGAGGAACAACUUGAAAUGGAAGAGGGAGGGAGGAUAGUAUUAUAUCUCACAGACCUGUGACGAGCAGUGAUUUGAAGCAAGAAAGGUUAGGGUUAAGGUUUUUGUUGGAGUGUCUCAACAUUUUUGCAACUGGUUGUGGCGAUUCCCUUUGGGCUCGGAGCCCUCACAUUUUGCUUACUUAGAGCCACUUCUUGCUUGUCUUAUUUAAUGAUUUUGUUAGAGGAUGACUUGCCAGCACCUGUGUCCUUUGGGCAAGUAAGCUUUAUAAGCUACUUGCCCAGCAAGAAAAUCUAUUUGCCCCUGACUACCAGAUGGGACUUUCAGUGAGCCCUGCUGAGUGGUUCAAGAAUUGCAUAUUGUUGAGAUUGAGUGGGGUCUUAGUUUUUAAGUCCUAGAUUAUAGUUUAUUUUACUAAGAUUUUGAGUAGGUAGAUGCAAGUUACUGUAGAUGUGAAACUUCAAAAACAUAAAAAAUAAACGUUUAUAAAUUAAUGUUUUAAUUAAAUUUUGUUUUAACAGAAAAUGUUAGUAGAGUUAUCCAGUCUUUCUUCAGAAGUACUUAGUCACCACAUGGCCUCACUUCAUUCCAAAGACAAUCCACAAGGAUCACCCGCCCUUCUUCUUAUCCAACUACUGUUGACGCCACAUUUGUUGGAAAAAAUCUGGCAAAAUGAAAGGUUUGGAAAAUAAUUAUACUUGUAUGAUAUGUCUAAUUUUAAGACCACAGUUACAAAACAGUACUGGAAACAAUUGUUACCGUGAAAUCGUAGGGCCUGGUUUUCAAUUUCCUUUGGUUUUUCUACGCAAUUUCUGUUUGCUUGUUGUUUUUUUCUCAAAAUUGUUGUAUUGUUUUGCCUUUAAGAUGAACCAAUCACAAUCAUCACAAUCAAAUGAGUCAUCUGUGAUGCAUCUGAAUAUUUUGGCUGAACAAUAUACUGUAUUUGGAGUUGACUCUAAUCCUCUGUUUGGUGUUAAUAUGACAUAUGUAAAACAGUGUAUUAAUUGCUUAGUUUGAAGAAUUUUUUUGUAAUAUUAAAAGCAGACAUAAACAAAUCAGCAUUUUCCUACCGUCUUAUCAACAGGCUUCACUUGACUUUUGAGCCCCUUGUUGCUUGUGGUAUGAUGACAGCCUCUGGACAGUUGGUGUUUUUAAAAACUGUUUUUGAUCUUCUAGAAAAAGCCUCAAGGUAAAAUUCAGUUUGUUUUGCCCUGACACCCCAAAAUUUGACUGAGAAAGUGUUCACCAUUAACUGUAACCAGUAUUGAAAGUGGAAAUGAUUCUCGCAGUUGAGUAAAUGUAAGCAGUUGAAAAAGAACAAGAAAAAAAUCAGGUUUGACCAGGAGUCGAACCCUGACCUUUGUGAUAUUGGAUGCGAUACUCUAUCCAUUUUAAGCUAAUCAAGCCAACUGGAGAGCAGACCUUUGUGAGUUGGUAAUAUACUCAAUGGUGGAAAUGACAUCAUUUUUGUCUUGUCCCAGUUCGUCCCUUGCAUUCAAGCAUGGUGGUUUUGUACCAUGUGAAUGACUAGUUGCAAAGUGUUGAAGACAGCCAAAAAUGCUCAAAAACCUUACCCUUGUAGUGGCAGAUACCCAUAAACAGUUAUACAUGCACAUGAGGGAUACUAGUGUGUCACAUUUGUGAACAAUUAACAGCUGCUCACACCUAAAAAGGUCUGAUUGAUGAUUGUGUUUCUUCUUAGUUUUAUCAGCAAUAAAGAUAAUCUGUGGAGACUAUGGAGUUGUGUUGUUGCACAACUUAAGGAGCACAUUCAGAAGGUGAGAAAAUUUAAGAGUCAAUAUUUAAUGCUUAGUUUGCAAAUAAGCCAUUUUACAGUUGUGUGCUUAGUGUACUAGCCUUUGGGUGAACAUGAGGCUGACCUUGUUUUGAUGCAAACCUCCUCCCUUUUCAAAUGAAACUUUUGCUUAAAAAUACUAGUUAGCAUAAGAACAACAUGUUUUACAUAACAAAGCAGAAAGGGCCGUAUCAAAACAAAGUCAACUUCAGCCUUGUUUCCACCUGUAACUGUAACAUGAGCUAUUGCAAACUAGGCUGGCUUCAGUUAAAAGAAAUAGUACAUCUGAAGUGCCUGCAUUGUUGCAAUGGUAAAAUUAAGACAAAAAAGAAAAACUUGGGUUCAAACCACAAACAUCUACAAGCCAGCAAAGUGAGUUUUUUGGGGUUCAAUGUAAGUUAGGACUAAGACUAUUUUUUUCUUUUGCUGGGGUUGUGUCCCUCUUAUUUGGAGUUUAAAAUUCAUUGUCAUUUGUUAAUGUAGCUUAAGUGUAUCAUUCAGAUUAAUAAUAACAAUGAUUGUAGUGUAACAGCUGUGUCACUUAGCCUGUGUACAGCCACCCCCUCCAAUUCUUUACUGAGGGGAGGAGGCAGCUGUACACAGGCUUUAUGUCACUUAGUUGAGGUGAGUGUCAGGGUUGGCCAGGGGCUUCCACUUUUGGCAAAGCCAGCCCCUAGAUAGAGUUACCGCCUCCCCCCAUGGCUGGUAAAUCGGCACUUCCCAGCCAUGCGCUCCCAUGACAGCAGAAUCAGGCACCUGUCACACUGAUUUAGCAGUGGAAAAAUAAGACGGGGAGGGCCAGGGGUGAGGGUAAAUGCAUAAUUCAAAGGCUUAAGGAACGAGUGGCUGCCAGGAAACACUGCACUAAGCACAUGCUGCUGGUGUUAGCGAGGCUGACUGCAUCUGCGCCACCUGACUGUUGACACUCCUUAUUGUGUUAAAUUUCAUUUAACUGUUAAAUUUAAUGUAAAGGUUUUCAUGUGUGCUUUUUCAUUUACAGACCAACGAUGUGAAUCAAGGUGAUGCCCUAGAACAUGACUUCAGCACUCUACACUCGGCAUUAGUGUUCCCAAUCAAGCGUCUUGAUGCAAUUUUUUCACAGGUGUGACAGGGCUUUUUAUAUUAUACAGGACUCUGCCCUUCUUCCAUUUUUUAUAAACAUACUGGAUUGUUUUGUCAGAGAAGCUAUAGGAUGAGGUAAAACCACACAUCAGCUGUUCAUGUGGGGGAGAAAUUUAGGAGGGGAGAAAGACAUUCAUAGAGUUAAGGAGACCUCGUGUUGUGUGUUUUAAAAUCGCAUAUCGAAACCGAUUCAAACUGAUUAUUUUAGGUACACAUUCCAAAUUACUUUCAUCUCCUUCUACCAUAACUGCUAACAGAAAAUAAACACCAUUGAGUAAAAUUGUCAAGCAUUUGUUUCUCAGUUUUGAAUGACUCUGAAUGCAUGUUUAAGCAAGUUAAGAUCUGUGAAAUGUUCGAACUGUGUAAUGUCGUGGAACACCUGAGACAUUUCAGUGGUGUUGUUUCCAUUCUUGUGUGUAUUCUGACAAAACAACAUGGCUUCUGCAGUGGAAAAUACCUCUUGAAAACCCGUGGAAAUUCCAUUUCUGAGACUCUAAGUGUCAAAAUGUCCUUAGAUGCCUUGGCCCUCAAGAACAUGUACCUUUGGGGCAAGUUCCAAAGCCACCUACUAUUUAUUAUCAGCCUGCUACUUAAAAACUUUUUGACAGACCUGGAGACCUUGCAUUAAAAUUAUUUUGUUACAUGUAUUUCCCCAUCCAGGGUUUUGGAAAGGAAAUAAGCAAAACAAUCGCUGAGCUGUACAGAUCAUUUUCCCGCGCAGCAUCCCUUGUGCCAACAGCUGAAGCCAAUGUUUGUUGUGAGGAGCUGUGUACGAUGAUUCUCUCUGUAGAGGGCGACUGGAGCUCUAAGGUGAGAAUGUUCUUAUGGUUAGCUUGCAUGAGAGUGCACACUGUAUAUUUAAAUUCAGUGGAUACCAAAAGACUUUUCCUCAGUUUUUUUCAGCUUUUGACAUGGAUUAGGUUGUGAAAAUCCAUCGACACUGCCUAAAAGAGGGGCUAAAAUAGUAAGAUUGCCAGGUUUGAGAGUGUUUUGUAGGAAAAGAUGUUGUUAGAUGUUGCAGAUGUUUGUAUGGUAGGGUCAUCAACUUGCCGUCCACCCGCUCUAGCAUAGAAAUGUCUGUAAAAAAAUCUGUGACUUCGAGGAGCUCUAUCUUUGUUUGCCUUUUAAGGCAUUUAAAAAUGUAUCACCUUCAGACUUGGCAAGUUUACUAACGACAAGGAGCUUUUUUCAGCAGUGAUUGAUUUUCGCAAAAAAAUAUCAAUUAGAACUUGGAUCAACAGUUGAAAGUAUCCAUUUAAUGGAAUUUUUAGUUUACUCCCGAUAUUACAUUACAGCUUUCAUUCGAAUCGUAACAGCAUAGAAUUUCAUCCACGGAUUUAAAGGUUAAAGUGACAAAUAAUCCUGCCAUUACUUAGUGUAGGAGUUAAGACUGUGUCUCUGUUCAAAUGAUUGUGUCAUUUAGGCAGUGCAGUUAAAAUUUUGGCCGUGUCAUCAUCAUUUGGAUCACGGUACAUCAAAUGAAUGGAAAGAGGAUUUGUCGGUUCUUUGAUGUGCUUGAAUCUGAGUGAUCUCGGAUUACUGAUCAUUGUAUGGAACGCACCCACUGUUCAAGACACCAUGUCACUAUUCGGAAAUCAUUAUAUAGUAACUUUCUUUUUUCAGGAUGUUUCCUUUGUUGAUACCCUGGUCAACCUGGCUGGCGUCAUAAUUGAGUGCCUGGAUUUUUCAAUUCCUGGACUGUUUGCCUUAGCAACUACAGCAGCUGGAAAAUCACCCAACACCACUCCCACUAAGUGGACCAGACGGUUUCAAAAACCCAUGGGAAAUUUUACAAGUUUGGUUCACCUGAUAGCAAAGUUACUUUCUGCCUGUGAAAGAACAAGCAGUUGCAAGGUAUGUAUAGGCCCUGAGCGAAGCAGUGCAAGAUAAUAGUGACAUACAGAUCACUCAGCCAGGGUUUUUGGCAAAGGCACGAGUUUGUAGGGAGGGGGGGUCUGAAGGCAUGUCUCCUCGGAAAAAUUUUGAAAUCUGGGCCUCUUUGAAUGCAUUUCCACCAUUCUGGAGCAAAAAGUUGUGUUUUUGAACAGAACUUUGACAUCAUUAAAUUUUUUCUAUUCAGCAACCUCACAUGAAUAAUUUUUUUAUUUAUUUCUUCUUGCCAAUAGCUAUGAGCCAUUGGUUGUUUCAGUAUCUGUUUUAAAUCAUGUUAUUUGUAAAACCUGGGGUAGUUUCCAAAGAAACGGAGGCGGUGAGUUCACGUGAAAUGGCCGGCGGAUUUUGCUUGCCACCAGCUGUAGUGAAAACCCUGCUUAGCAGUCUUAUAUUUCUUUUAGGAACCUUACGAAUCUUUGUCGGCGACAGGAAUGGUAAAUAAGGAGGUUUAGGAAGCAAACCAACAACUCUGCUCAUGCCCCAUGCUUUUUUGUAAAUUUUCUUUGCUCUCCCUGCACUACUACGAUGCAAAAUGGAUGAAUUUUAAGUUCACUUGAGGAUGGGAAUCUUAAGUUGAUAAAAUUUACCUUCUCUGUUUGAACAUAGGUGCGGUCCCCUUUCCUCAUCUCGAACCAAAUUUCCCUUUUAAACAACUGGACGUAUUGGAAUAAUCUUGGAAAAGUCGGAAGAGAUGUAUGUUCCAACCUUAAGAAAAGGGCUCGCACCGGAAACAGCCGUUUUUGCAUCUUGUCAUGUGGUUAGAUUUUGUAUCAUCAGUACAGCUCCGUCUCUUUUUUUUCCACAGGACUCGUCGCAGACCCUUGGCAUCCUAACAGCUGUUGUCACUAAUUUGAUUGACAAGUUGUCAUACUUGUUUGUUCAUAUCAGUGGAGCCAUGACCAUUACUGCUGUUCUCAAGACACUUGGACCUGCUCUGGUGCACUUCAUAGAAAAUGCACAUACAAGGUUAGCCUGUUUACAGACCUUCUCCUUUCUCUUUAGAGUUAUUUGGUUGUGGGUAUAGAAGUAAAAACCAUGGGGGAUUUAUUGACAGCUAGCGCAAGGGGGUGAAAAAGAAAAAAAGUAAAAGCAUUAAGAGGAUACACUAAUACAAGGUACAGCUGAUGCCAUUACACCUUUUUUUGAGAACCAUGCUUGGUUUUCACGGUAAUAAAAACUUAUUGGAAAUGUAUUAGUAUUCCUAACUUAAGAAACGAGAAGGGAACUGGUGUUGAAAUGUGUCUUGCUAUUGUUUCUGGUAUUGUUACUGGAGACGCACGGUCAGCUAUUUUUUCCCGUGUCCAUAGUAACAAUCCCAGAAGUCUUUGCAAAAGUUAACUCGUUUUAGUUUAGAUACAAAACAGUAGCCAAACAGUCAGUCUUUGCGUCAUAAGUUUAGGUUUGCAGCAGAGGAGAUAUUUCUGGAUUCUUGAUGAAUCCAGAACAUGUUGGUGCCGGAUUUGAUUUGAUUUAAAUGCAGACAUCCCCGUUUGGUCAUUUGUCCAGAUAUUUUUAACCCGGAAUCUACUUUGUGUCCAAAUAAAUGAAUUUCUUGGAUUAACUGAUUAAUGUAUAUGUCUGCAAAUCAGAAUACGUUCAAAUGUAGUAAAUCGGGAAACAUUUAUAGAUCUCGAAAAAUCUCCUCUUGUGUAAACGUAGCCUAACAAACACAACAAUAAUUAUUGUCUUCUUAUUUUCAUGCAGCACAAAGGUUACUGAAACGACUUUGGACAAGAGGCUAUUUUCUGCAAGACUUAUUCAGAAGGUAUCAAAUUAGCUUCAUACUUCCAAGGCUAACAGGCCAUGAUAAUUGCAGCAGUUGUUCAUGUCUCUUAUGGGGACAAAAGAAUCACAUUUGAAAUGAACUUGCAAGAAAAUCAGGACCCAAGGGAACAAGAUGAUGAGACUUGUCAAUUAAGCUUUAGCAGGAACAUGGUUUUAUCUUAAAAGAGAUCAUUUACUAGUAGUUAAACAAUUUAUUCGUUGUUCCUCCUCAGAUUGAAAAGUUGUGGACUGAUCUUCUAACCUGCAUACAAAGUCGCCAUUGCGGACCAUACAACUCAGACUUCUUAGCUGUCGUGUCCCCAUUACUGGUAAAGUUCAAUUUGAAACAUCUUCCUUUGAUUCGAUUGCUUAUAGUGAAGAAUUGUGACGAAACUAUUCCAUGCCGUCACAGAAACAGACUCACCAUGAAUAUUUCCUUGCUUAUUAUAGAAAGUGACUCUUGCCCACCCAAAAAGAAGUAUAAAAAACCAUGCUAUCAUGUUCUGGAAUGCAACAUUUGCUCAUGCUGAAGUACUUAACUACCCAGAAAACCUUAGGUACAGUAAAAUUGUUAAAUCUCAUUGUGAGGAUAAACGUAAUGGUGAUGGCGAUGGUGUGUACGCUGGUGGUGAGACUCGUAGUAGUUAUGACGACGAUGAAAAUUAUGAUUUUUAUAGUAACUGAGCGCGUUCUCGUACGCUGAUUAGUCGAGAGCUAUGUUCGCUAAGAGUACAGACCAUAGAAAUGACACGAUGGUGGCGCAAUUUGCUUGUCGCGUGCGAUUUUCCAAUAACAUCAACAGAAACGGACGUCAGAAAUGGUUAGUGGUAUUGUAAAAAGCAGGAUUGAAAACAUUUUUCCACGGUCUAUGCUCUUAUCGACCAUAGAAAUGACGUCAAAAUGUUCAAAACGUUCAGUGAAACCACGAGCCGCACCUGAGUUUUGAACAAUGUGACGUCAUUUCUAUAGGAAUUUGUUGCAAAUUUGUCUAGAUGAUAAUGAUGAUGGUGUUGAUUAUGGCGAUGAUAACGAUGAUGAUGAUAAUGAUAGUAAUGGUGAUGUACCUUGUAGAAUGAUGUAAUGAUGAUGAUGAUGAUGAUGAUGAUGAUGAUGACGAUGAUGAUGACGAUAAUAAUGGUGGUGGCAGUGGUGAUAAAGUUGGUCUGGAUGUUCUUGACAUGGUUAUCAUGACUGUAGGGGCUAUUAAUUUCGGUGAUGUGAUGAUGAGAAUGACAAUAGUCUUGAUCAUUUUAAAUUCCAACGACUGGUGACAAAAUAUAGGUCACUGAGAAUGGAGACAAUACAGAUGACAUCAAUGGUAACAACAGUGAAAUGUAAUAGUUGAUACACUUACCAAGAGAUACACUGAAAACAGUUUGGAACUGAGGUUUUUAACUUUCUUGCUUUUCGCUCUAGGCCAGUACUCCAGGUGGCCAAAGAUAAAAUGGCCCUAACUCUGCCGGGCUGGGAAAACAUCCAGGUACGUUUGUGUAUCUUAAGCUUUGCUUCAGUUACACGAUUAAACAUUGGUUGUCUUUACACUAGGCUGUUAAGUAAGCCUUAAGAGCUGCUAAGUUUUACUUAACCAAAAAUGGUGUUUGAAGGCCUAAGUAAAAUCUCAAGUAACUUAACUUUGCAUCUCAUUAAAGUCGGAAAGUUGAAACGAUUCAAGAAAGUUUCAAGUGACUUGAAAACCAUCCUUAAAACCGACUUAGCGCACUUGUGGUUUCUAUGCUUUGAGAAGGGCGAAGUAUGUCAAUCAAUCUUAAUUAUGUUGCGUGGGAAAAUAGGCUUAAGUAAACCUGAAGUAAAAAAGAUAGGUUGUGUGUGAAGCUUUUUUUACUUGAAGAAUUUAAAAUUUACUUGCCUUGAAAUAUUUCUUAGCUUAUUUAGGCGCUAGUGUAAAGACUACCAUAGUUUCCAGACAAUGUUAGGAUUUAUUGUCAAAUCUGUUUUUUGUAUCAUUCGUUCAGAUUUUAGUCAAAGAAACCCAGCUGGACAUCGAGGUAAUUAAUCAUAAAUUUUCAGGAAACAUUUUAGUGAAAGUGAUAAUUUUGUGCUAGAUUAACACGAAGAUAGUAGAGGGCGUUAUAGUGAUGAUGGAUAAGUUAGGUAUGAUGAGUUAUUUUUGCCAACACUGAUGAUGGUGAUGAUGCUGGCAGUGAUGAUGAUGAUGGUGCUGGCAAUGUUGGUGUGAUGAUAGUGAUGAUGCUGGCAGUGAUGAUGGUGAUGAUGCUGACAAUGUUGGUGAUCAUGCUGACAAUGAUGAUAGUGAUGAUGCUGGCAGUGAUGAUGGUGAUGAUGUUGACAAUGUUGGUGAUAAUGCUGGCAGUGUUGUUGGUGAUGAUGCUGACAAUGAUGUUGGUGGUAAUGCUGACUGAUUUACAUUUACCGUGUACAGCCUACCCAUCACAUUUGAGGAUUAUUGGCUAGGGUGAUUAUUUCGAUGAUGAUGCUGACAGUGAUGACGGUGAUGAUGCUGAAAAUGAUGAUUGUGAUGAUGAUGAUGAUGGUUGUAAUGGCCAAUAAAUGUUAUAUCUUUUGGCCUUUCCUUUUUUUAGUCUGAGGACCUUACUCAGCAGACCGACAUCGUUAAACCCCUGUCGUUUGGUAUCCUGGCUUCCCCGCAGAGGCGUAAGCAAAUAUCGUCAGGCAGCUCUCCACAGCUGAAAGGAAGUUUUCUGCACAGGGCAGUCAGUGCUGAAAAGGCAGCGGAAAACUCUUCAUCUAAACAGGUACAAACAAACGCUUUUCAUUGGAGUUGAAUUUACCUACCGUGUGGCACGAAAUUUUUGCGGGCUCUGAUUUUUGCGAUUUUUCCAGCGAUGCGCAAAAGUAAGUUCCCGCAAAUAAAGAUUACCGUAACCUUUUUCCUGCAAAAAUAUACUCUAGAGUAAAUAUUCUCCGCGUAAAUUCGCUACACAAAAAUACAGUACCAAGAAAUCGUAUCUGUUCAAUCACAACAUGUCUCAUUUGUUCAGAAACAAAACGUUAUACAAUGAAAUACUGGUUUAUUGUUUGAAAAGAUGUAUUUCUAUCGCACCUACUCAAUAAAAACGAAAAUAUUAUCAAUCUGGUUACUGGUUACCGUCUGUACUUUCUGAAAAUUUCAAAAAUUAAUGCCCAGCAAGAAAAACCCAUCUGUCCUAAUCGCAAAAAUUGAGUCCCACAAAACACAAAGAAUCGCCAAUCCGCAAAAAUAAAUUCCCACAAAAAUUUCGUGCCACACGCUAUUUUAUUAUCUUUGUGGCUCCGACCUCUUAAACAUAUGAACGAUGGUCGGAAUAAACGAGCCCUCCUGGAACAAGACAGUAUUUUUUUUCGAAUUCACCGGUGUCAAGUGAGUGACUGCCAGGCUUUCAGUCGUGUAGCCCACGCAAUUUUUUUGGUUGUUUAUUCUUUCAGCUUCUUCGAUCACCAAAACUGGGACGUCCAAGAAAUUCACCUGCCACUACGCAUGCUAGGAGAAAAUUACCGCUGUCUAAGUAUGAUGACGAUGAUGAGCAGGUAAGUGUGAUCUGCAGUGAACCAAGUUAGCCAGGAUGGUUUGGGGAGGAGGUUUCCCAAAGGCUUGGCUCUGUUCGAUGGCGUGAAGUUAAAGUAUGGUAUACUCUAAUAUGGCCCCUAGGUUGAUAAAAUGAUGUAAAGAUGCCUUGCCUGCGUUCUUUGCGACGAUUGUCCAGCCUAAAGAGGAGUGAUUGUUACCUAAAUCCAUUUGUACCUGAACCGCCCGUAACCGCACUUGCGCAUUCACAUCUCUUGUACCACUUGUGACGUAAUCGGUUUUUCAAUCCAGCACUAUUUGGUCGAGCGGGCCAGAUUAUUACCUCAGUACUCUUAAACGUAAUGGGGAGAGAGCUGGGUUGAUAUUAUUUAGUUAACUUUUUGAAGGGCUGGAGUCGUGAAUAAUAAAUAUUUCGAGGGAUCCAUUGUUGUAGGUCUGUGUCGAACACUUUAAGUCCACCAUGGUACUUGACUUGUGUAGCCAGGAUGCUGUUUAAUCUGAGACCCUUGUGUUAUUUUGAAUUGUGAGCGAGUGCUGAUAAAUUUUGCGUUUUUGUCUGUAGGAUUACGUCAUGAUCGCACCUUCGCCGAAAAAGAAACGACUUCUCACUGAACAUCAAAAGGAAAUCAUGCGCAGUAGAAGGUGAAGAAUUUACUUUCCUGAAUAGGCGACUUAGGAAAUACCAUAAUAUUCUCUUUCAGUGCAGGUUUUGUUAGUGCCAUGAUAGAAUCAAGUCAAGUCAAGUCUAGUAACUUUAUGUAAACUCGGUAAAAACAUCAGGCAUAUAACUAAUAUAAAAUUCUAAGCUAUUCUUAUAAUAUGUAUACCUUAUUAUAGGAAAUUAACGCUCCAUGAAAUUAAGGUAUUGGAAAUUAACGCGAAUUUAAUGGAAAACGACUUUUGAAUAAAGAAAAUUAACGCGAAAGAGGAGGUAGAAUUUCAAAAUAAAGGAAAUUAACGCGAUUAAGACACAGUUGGUGGUUACAACUGGAACAAAUUUAUUUCAACACUGGAUGCAAAAAAAUUCAAAACGGAACAAAACUGAGCUGACAUCAUUUCUGACAGCGACAACGAUGAAGAUGAACGCUAAAUAUUGUAAACCUUCGCCUUAGCUUUCGCCAAAGAUGAAAAACAAAGGGUAAAUGGAAAGAAAGAAAGCUUGUAGGUAAUGUUUUUAGGUGUCAAGAAUGUCUAGACCGGUUCCAAAAUUGGGGUUAAAAUACUGGAAAUUAAGAGCGCGGAAAUUAACGCAGCACUUAAUUAACGUCGCGGAAAUUAACGCUCAACAAAAUUAACGCGACUUAAAUUAACGCGAAUUUUAACGAUUCGCGUUAAUUUCAUGGAGCGUUAAUUUCCUAUAAUAAGGUAUAUAUAUAACCUAUGAUCUAACCUGUAUAAUAAUAUGAUAAUAAAUGUAAUAUAAAACAGAUGUGCAUAUAACAGUAAAUAAUGAAUAAAUAAUAAAUAGUAUAUAAAUUAAGUUAGCCUGCUCUCCAUGGAUGCCGAGUGUAUAUUAUUCGAAGAAUUCUGUGCAGCCAGAUUUAAAACUGUGUAUGGAUUCUGCUUGCCAAAGAGUCGAAGGCAAACCGGUCCAUAAGACUGCUCGGCUAUAACGACAACUAUAUUUAAGAUAAUUGGUGUGGGGGAGAGGGACAUCAAAUUUAUUAGAGGAAUCUCUUAGGAAAUAAUUCGAUUACUUUCAAGCGUUUAAUUGGUCUAAAAAAUAAUAACUUUGUUGAAAUUCACAUAUCCCAAGGACUAGAUGGUUGUUUUUCUCUCUGUCCCAUUCAUCUGUCUUGUUAUUGCGUCAUGUAAACCGUUCCGAAGUCCAAUGUGUCCGUACAAAACCUCACUUGCUAGCUUUUUUCCUUUGCAUACUCAAUACGUUCCAUACAAACAGCAUUGCGAACAUAGCAAAAGUAUACUUCAGUUCCGCUGUCGGUUGAAAUUUGAAGUCUACUUCCCAUUAAUUGAAAAGCUUCAAUGAUUCCUUACGUAAACAGCUAUGUUAUUAAACAAGUUACCGCUACUUACUGUGAAUCCCAUUCUCUGAUUCUAUCAUUAAUGGUUACUGUAGCACAUUUUUUGUCAAGGCCAUUUGGAUCUUGAUACAGUUUUCAUUUAUUCACAUCUUAGUCAUUCAUCCUAUUUGCUUCAUUUUUAGUGAAGUUCCUGCCCUUUACAACGCUCUCGACCAAUCACAAGACUGUACGCAGUUUUCCCAGUAUUUAGCGUCACAAGUUCAAGUCACGUGAGUUGGCAACCUUAAUUCUUUAGAAUUAUGUUUUAUGCUUAAAAAUGACUUGAAAAAGUGAAUGAACCAAGAGAGAAAACUGAACAGGGUUCGCGCGUUUCAUGUCUUCGUCACGGUGAACUAAAGAAUUUCCGACUAGUUAGGCCUGCAAAUCGAAGUCGGGCAUCGAACAGCGGCCGACUGAACUAAGCCAUGUCUGACGGAAUCCUAAACGUCCUUUCUUUUGUUAAACGACUAUUUGGCUUUAUAGAUAAAGUUUUUUAAUCAUGUGUUGCCUGACCGCAUUUUUGUUUUAACCGACCAAAAUGUGACUUAUUCUCAGCAAAAAAUGUCCUUUCGGAAAAAAAAACAUUCUUUUUCGGCCUCGGAAUCUUGUUAAAAUAUCGUUUGCUGUAUCAUCAGGAACUAAAGCAGUUCUGUUUUUUAUAGUCCAGACACCACCCCGUCAAGUACUCCAGGUAAGAUGAUUAUUUUUUUUACUUUCCUGGAAAAACGUUCAUUGUUACCUUUCGGACGGGUCUUGUAAGAAAUUGUAUCUUCUCUCUCGCCUUUUCUUGUAGAAGGAGAAAAAGAUCCUCCUCUGGAACGUAACAAAGGAAAUGAGCAGCUCACAGAGAAACAAGUGAUGGAAAUUGAGGUUAUCUCUGUUGCGGAGACAAACGAAACAGAAAUCCUUGACCAAAGCGAAAAUGAAAUCGUUGAACAAAAGGACCAUGCGGCGGAAAACGAGCCUGACCACGAAGAAGAGGGUGGGAAAAUUGAGGAGAGUGAUAAGGAAGUCGUUGAGAUAAUGAUGGCAGAUAGCGAGGAAAAGGAUAGCGGAUUGGCCGGAGGAAAAGUUGGUGUUUUAAGUGAAAAAACGCUAGAAGUAAAUGAAGAUGUAACGAUUGCUGAAAGUGAACCGCUGACUGGCGACGACGACGAGUGUGAGGUGACGUCACCAGAUAUCAUACCGUCGUCGCAGACACCAAGUUGUGAGUCUUCGUUCCAGUCUCUCAGAAGAGUCUCCAUUCCGCUGGUGUCUGUUUUGCCCAGUUCACUUGAUUCACUGGGAAACAAAGCGAAUGUUGUGCAAAAGGAUUCUGAAGAUGUCGUAGCUGAGGCAGAUUAUAAGGAAGAAAAAUGGGCAAGUGAAAUGAAUACAGAAGCGGACAUUUCUGAGAGAAAUGAUAACGACAGGUGUGGAUCGCCCGAAAAAACACUUGAGCCAGAUAAGUCUAAACUUGCAAAAAUAGUUUCGCCGGUUGCAGGAAGAACAAGGCGAAAACUGCAGCAGAAAACUGAAGGAGACAAGACUCCUUUGCGCGUGAAAAAUUCUGCAAAGACCGUAGAUGAAGAAGUCAGCGCAAUGACCCACGAAGACAAAGAACAUGACGAGAUAAUCCUCGAAAAGUCCAUUGUGAAAUCCGCUGAACCAGUGCUCGCGGGCGUAUCAAGAGAAGCAACCUCGUCACCAAUCCCCAAGUUCCUACGUCCCUUUGCAGCAGGGGGGAGUCCAUGUCGCGUUAAUUUGCGAGGGCGAAACUCACCAGGCGUUUCACCAACAACUGGGAUUUUGAAGAGGUGGCCUGGGAACAAGCAGGCUGUAGACUCUCCCUCCCCUCCCGGAAAGGUAAUUUUCGCGUCUUUAUUUUGCGCACAGCCCUCCAGAUACAACCCACAAUAUUUUGAUUCUCCCGGAGUCAAUAGGGGGCUGUCUACAUGGAGGCACCAGGAAGAUCCUAAAAGGCGGAUCAUCCCAGCACCAUAUGUUUUUUGGCAUUCAGUUUACAUGCAAAGAGUUGUACUCGUCUCUAGCGCUAGGAUCUUCCAAGUACUAGGAUCUUCUAGCUGAGAGGUAGGAAGAUCCUAACACCAUGUUAACUGCUUUCGCUGGGAAGUUCUUAGUACCAGGGACAAACCAGACAAAAAUGGUGGCGAAUCGGUGUGUAGGUAAUCACGGCAAUAUAAGCAGAAAAUUUCGUUUGACGUUACCAGUUGUAAAGAGGUGCCUGCUGCUACUGAAAAGUUGUUAUUAACGCUAGCAAAGAGAGCACAAGGGUCAAAAUUACAUGUUUGUUAUUGUCUCUUGCCAUCUUUUAAAAUAACUUACCCAGUUGAAAUUUCUGCAUGUAAACCCAACGCAAAGCUGUUCCGCCUCCUAGCAUCUUCCUGGUUUUAGGAUCUUCCUCACUCCAUGUAAACAGCCGCUAAAUGCGUGGCCUGGAAACUUAUCUCAUCAACUCAGCUGAUAACGCUAAUUGUGGCUUCUGUUGCAGGUGAGGCGAGUGUCCUUUGCUCUACCCGUGAAAGAUGACGACAGCUGCGAAGACUCCCAAGCGACAUGUUCAGAAACAACGACAACUGCCUCACAGCUGAAGACAUCGAGCUCCUCUCCUUUUACAGCAGUGAAACAGGUAGUCAAUCUUAUCGAUAUACCGUAAAAUUCCGAAAAUAAGCCCCGGGGCUUAUAUUUUUCAAAGGCCCCUUUGGAGGGGCUUAUCUACGGAGGGAAACUUGCGUUUCAAACUCGAUUGGGCUAGCCUUAUAGUUGGAAGUAAAUUUACCGUUUUUGCUUUGUUUUACUUUGCAUUUGAGGGAAAUUUGCCAAGUACAAGCGCCCGGGGGGGCUUAUAUUUGGAGGGGCGACUUAACGGAGGGUUUUCUGUGUUACCGGUUUGGGGGGCUUAUAUUUGGAGGUGCUUAUACAUGGAGGGGCUUAUUUUCGGAAUUUUACGGUAGGUAAAAAUGUGAACUCCUCGGCCGAGUUGUUAGAAAGAUGAUCAGCGGUUAGUUACCAUGAAAACUCAAGUAGCCCGCGCGUGAACCAUCGUCAUUUUGGCGAUUUUACAGAGAAUAUCGUAGUGGCGGAAAUGAGUUACCGAUUGUUGCACGUAUUAUCAUUUUGCAAUCAGGAGAGGCUGUUUUUGUUUAUAUUCAAGAUAGAGGUUUCAGUAGUUUUACAGACAACAUGAAAAGACUAUCAGUUAAUUAAGUACCUUGAACUGGUCGGGACUUUCGAGAAACUCUGAAUGGAUAUUACCAAGCUCUGUUGCCAGCCCUUCUGCUUUUCAUGUGCAAAACAUGGUUUCCUCAUGGUAUCAAGCCCAUGAUCAUGUUCGUUAGGGAGCUUAAGCAACGACUACGGCGACGGCAAAGAGAACAGGAAAAAAGCAAUAGGUUUAUAUUAGCAAAACAACAACUUUGCACGUGCAUCACGCUUUUGUACAUUUCUUAGCCGUCGUUGCAGGUGCAACGUGUGAAAGUGCCUAAUUUCACGUUUUGUCGAGGACGGGAACACAAGGCAACAACUUUCUUUUUGUUUUCCUGAACUUUGAUACAGUCCUGUAGAAUUCAACUCCAAAAAAUUGCCAACAUUUGUACGAAUUAAACGAGAUGGAAUAAGCGCGCUAAAGUUUGAGGUAGCGCGAAUUCACUUUUUAAGUGACGUUCUCAUAGCGGUCGCCGUCCUUGUUGCUUAAGCUCCCUAGUAACACGUGAAAGUGGAAAAGUUUGGGACAAAACAAGAUCACCUAUUCAAUGGCCAGGGUAAUGAGCGCAUGGUGGAAGGGGAGACACACAUUUUGGGAUGUAAUUUCUUUGCUUAGGAGGCUCGACCAAACUUGGUGGACUGACAGUUGAUGUAACUUUAUCAUUUUAGCGACGACCAGUUCCUAUAAAUAGUGACCAGUCCACUCAGGACGUGACACAUUGCGUGUACCCGGAUCUAGUGUCGUGCACAGUGCCUGUAGAGCAGAUCCUUCCCAGCAUCCUCACCAUGUCUUGGUCACGCGGUAUGGGUCAUCUGGUUCGUGCGCAGAAUAUUCACACCAUCGGAAACUUGUCAGCUCUGAAAGAAGAACAGGUAUUGUGAGGUUUUGAUUGGGAGGAGUGCCAUCCCCGCCAGAGGGGAGGCGUACUCCCCACAAUGUCUAAUACGGUGGGCUUCGCCCAAAAGGGGUACCUUUUUCAGGCUUCUGGUGUAUAAAAGGGCAGGGAUUUCACUAGUUUCAAAAUAUGAAAGGGUAAGGAAAUCUGUCAUUUCGGUCUGUAAAAAGGCCCAAAAGGGCUAACAGAUUUUUUUUUUCUUUGGAACGCAAGACUCGAACUUUUAUUUAAUGCUCCACAGCGCUACAAUACUAAUGUUACAUGGCGUUGCACAACAUUGCAUUACAAUAUAUUACAAAUGCGUUACGUUACACUACAUUACACUAUAAACUUUAACAGUAAAAUAACUAUCCAAAAAAAAAAAUCUGUUCGCCCUUUUUACGGCUGUGAGAAACUCGAGAAAACACAUAAAAAACAGUGCAUUCACAGCUGAGCAGUUAAAACGGAUGAAAAGUUCUAAAUUAGGUGUGUGAAAGAGGUACCAUUUGUCAAUAGAAGGUAUACGAAAGAGGUACCGUUUCUGUCAAAAAUGGUAUAUACAACGGGACUCGAAAAUAACGCUCGCAAACUCGGAAAAUGCGAAUGAUAUUGAUAAUCUGCGAGUGAGAAAAAUAUCCAUUAGCAAACGUUUGCGAGUUAGAAUCAUCCAUGUCUCCCAAACAAAGGGAAAGAAUUUGCUAGUGGUCUAGCCAGUUGGCUAGUGCAAACAAUUCUUACUAGCAAAACUUUGCAAGUGCGCUAAAAAGUUAACUUCGAGCCCUGUACAAGGGUACGGGGUUGGACCUCUUGAUGGAGUCUCCCCGAAUAAAAUUUUGUUGAAUACCCCCCCGGGUCUCCACCCCGCAGCCUUUGAUAAUUUAAGUUGGUGCUCUUCUACCCUGAACUGGUCCUCCACGUACUGGAAAUGAAAGCGUUGACAAUUUCAUUCUACCCUGCUUUGCUCGACAGGUUUUGUAAGUCAUGUUGAGAAAGUAUUAAACUUGUGGUCUGACAGGGAAAUUUAGAAUUGAAAGAGUUGUGUUUUUCCUACAGGUGAAAAACUUGCCGAUUAAAUCGCCUAAGGUGCCAACACUGAAGAAAGCGCUUCAAAGGUUUCAUCAAACGCGUGGGAAGAAUUCCAAGACACUCGUGACAAAGUUGGUAGACGCUUCGCUUAAAGAUGAUACAGAGCCCAAAGAAGGUGAGGCAUAUUGCGUAUUCUAGUCCAAGGAACACGCGGUCAAACAGGGAAGCUCGAAGCCGCGGCUGCAUUUGCUUCCGGUUUGCGUUCACACGAAAACAUAUAGUGUAAUUAACGAAGUUGAACUGAGCCUUACAGUUACCAUAGACAUAUAGUUGACGCAAAAAGGUCAACUUUCCAGAAACGAUGCUAUCUUAUCUCAUUUUUCUGGAGGUGUGAUAGAUAUCAUGCUUUAAUAUCAACGAACCAUUCAGUUUUAUAGUUCUAGUUAAUGCCUUGCAUUUAUUGCCUCAACAGUUGCCAUUGCUUAAUUCUCCCCCCCCCUCCCCAAAGAGAGAGUUACGUGAGAAGGGUAUUUGGUUCUAACUUUAAAUCAGGGUAAAGUUUGAGUUUUGUCGAUGAAACCUUGAGGCUAGACCAUUGAAAUGAAAACUUCGGAGCAGUACUUUUGUUUCAAAUACCACUACCACAAUUUAAAUUUCACAGUUUCUAUAGAUGCGUAGUCGAAUUUUACACACGAUUCCUUUGAAGACCAUGUAAAAGUGAUACGAUUUCGUGUAUAAAUAAAGAUUGAUGAUGAUGACUUAGUUUGUUUACAGAUAACAAAAAGUAUGCUUUGUUGAAUGUACCAGCAAAUUGUAGAAAAAACGCUGUUAACUGAAGUAUAAACUCCAAUGUUUCGGUAAUGCUGUCUUUAUCAGCGAAAAAAGAUUGAAAUAUGUUUUCAAAUGGUCGGAAAAAACAACUCGUAGUUACAAUUCUUUGAAAGAAAUUAACGUUAUUAAUAAGCGUUUAUAUAUCUGCAAGGGAAAGGUACAAAGAAACCAAAUGAAUUAAUAAAUUAUAAUAAUUAAACUAAUAAUAAAAAUAGGAACAAUGUAAUUAAAAGGAAAGAGCAAGCUCAGCUUGUUUUAGCUGCUUGUUCAUUGUUGGAUUCCCCUACCAGAGGUCUGCGGCUCCCUUUAACUCUCCCUAAGAUCAAAAUUUGAAUUCUCAUUUGUUGCCCCUAUUCGUUUCCUAAAGAAGUAGUGGGGAGAAGUUAAUAAAAUAUCAGUCAUAUUCAUGUCCGUAAUUCUCAUGACCACUCUGUUUUACAAAGCUUUGAUAUCACAAGGAGAAAUUUGAUGCAAAUCAUUCUUAGGGCUUAAAGGAUUAACAACAACUUGUGUGUAUAGAUAUGUUUUCCUGUUGAAGACAGCAUUGCCGGAACGUCGUAGUGUUUACUUCACGUAGUGUAUUGACAGAUAACACCACUAAAUUCAAACUUUAUCUUUGUUGUAGCAGGGACUGUCACCUCCACUGAGUACUCCACUAUCACCUCCACUCCUCUUGAAAACGAAACUGGUGUUGGAGAUAACUCAGAAAGAGUGGAGGAUUCUGUUGGUGAGAAAAUGGAACCGGCGGUCAGUGUAGAGAAAGAGUCAGAUAUGAUGGAGGAGCAAAGUAAAUCAGAUGAGAAAAACAAGUCUUGCGACUCUGAGAAUGUAAGAUUUGUAGAAGAUGAAAGCGUCGCAUCUGGUAAAGAGUUGGAGUUGAACGAAAUGGAUGCAGAUAACAACGAUGAAAAUGUUGACUUUUCUGCCAAGUUUUAUCCCGUUGUAAGAGAACCAGCUGAUCAAGUGAACAAGGUUUCAGAUAUGGGAGAGUCACUCACUCCGCCACUUUCCACGCAUGACCCUAGCGGUGUCGAGGUAACCGCUGACAUGUCCACCCCACAGAGGGAUACACACGCUCUACCGACGAAACUCUUUUUGCGCGAAAGAAUAGAAAGAGACGAAGUGCUUUCUAUUGAUGAAGAACAAGAAGAUGGAGGAGAAUGCGAGGUGCCUCAGAAAGGCCACGAGGAGUCAAGACAAAACGAACUUUUCACUACAGCAUUGCCUGUUCAAAUCACUUGCGAUCAAACUGCGGAAGUAGGCGCUGCAGUCGCCGCAUGCUCAGAAGAGAACUGUCGAGAUAGGGACAAGUUUUGUGAUUGUUUACGUUCGUUGAAAGAUCUUGCGUCACCGGAAGUCUUAGGUGAUUUGUCAAGUGAAGAGAUUUUCGAAGCGCAUCAAAAUCUGACUGAAGUGAUGUCAGUUGUUGUGCAAGCAUUGAGAGGACGGUGGCAGUCACCGCGGGCGCAGAAAUAA